AUGAUGAUUCACGUUGGGAGUAAUCUCAAUCAUUUUCAGAAAACUCGCAUAAACAAACGACACAAUACAAAACGUGGUUAUGAUGUGAGAAAAUACAUUUACACCAUGUCACAAUUCGAAAUCCCUAGAUGGAUUGAGAAAUCAUACGUGACUGAUACAUGGAGCAAGGAUUCCAAUUGGAUGGGCUACAUUAUUGUGGGUAAUGAUCUGGAAUCGAAGAGGAUCAGAAUAAGAGACAUCGUGGUGGUGUGGUGUGGCACUAUGCUUUCUUCCGAAUGGUAUGAAGAUAUGCAACGAGAUCUCGAGCCAUUAGGGCACGGGGAAGCGAAGGUGGGGCGAGGGUUUAUGAGAAUCUACAAAUCGAAGCUGAAGCGUAUAUCAACACGAUACAACAAAACCAUUGCAUCGGAGCAAGUAAUUGAAGAGAUAAAACGAUUAACAAAGUUCUACAAAUCAACCAGCGAACAAGUGAGUCUCACGGUCAUCGGCCACAACUUGGGCGGCACGUUAGCUUUACUAAACACGUACGCCGCCAUGAGGUUUCCAACUCUUCUGAUAAGUGUCAUCUCCUUCGGUGCACCUAGAGUCGAAAACAUCACAUUCAGGGAUGAACACCACCACAGAGGCAUCAAAGCACUAUGGAUCAUAAUCAAACAAGAUCUAGUCCCUCGAAUACCGGGUAUUGUCGUCAUCUAUACAUAUAGCCUCCGGGGAACCACCUCCCUCCACCGCUACAGCCCUCUCCACCUCCUUCACCGAAGAUAG